AUGGCCGCAAAAAGAAAAGCAGCGGCCAUGACCGCAGUCGAAGAUGAUGAGCCAGUAGAUCCUUCAGAUGAGCUGGUGUUUAUUGGGUUGGGUGGGUGUCAAGAAGUUGGCCGAUCGUGUCAUAUCCUACAGUACAAGGGCAAGACUGUGAUGCUUGAUGCUGGCAUGCAUACAGGUCGAGAAGGGAUGUCGGCAAUGCCCUACUUUGACGACUUUGAUCUCAGCACCGUGGACAUCCUGUUAAUCAGCCAUUUUCACCUGGAUCAUGCGGCCGCACUGCCUUACGUGCUCGCCAAAACCGACUUCAAAGGGCGAGUCUUCAUGACACAUCCAACCAAGGCAAUCUACAAAUGGCUUAUCCAGGACUCUGUCCGAGUGAGCAAUACUACGUCAACUUCCGAUCAAAGAACCUCGCUCUACACCGAGGCUGAUCACAUUUCCACUCUGCCUCAAAUUGAGACGAUCGACUUCUACACAACGCAUACGGUGUCAGGCGUCCGGAUAACACCGUAUCCGGCCGGCCACGUCCUUGGAGCUGCCAUGUUUUUGAUUAAUAUCGCUGGACUCAACAUUUUCUUUACUGGGGACUACUCUCGAGAACAGGACCGACAUCUCGUGGCUGCCGAGGUACCAAACGCUGCGCGUGUGGGCAAGAUCGAUGUCCUCAUCACAGAAUCCACGUUCGGCAUCUCAAACGCGCCUCCACGCGCCGAGCGGGAAACUGCUCUUCUCAAGUCUGUCUCCAAUAUCUUGGGCCGUGGUGGGAAGGUUUUGAUGCCAGUAUUUGCUCUUGGUCGAGCACAAGAACUGCUGCUCAUCCUCGAGGACUACUGGCAACGGCACUCGGACCUUCAAAAAUUUCCUAUCUAUUAUACCGGCAACACGGCACGAAAAUGCAUGGUUGUAUACCAGACGUAUAUUAAUGCGAUGAACGACAACAUCAAACGCAUCUUUCGAGAGAGAAUGGCCGAGGCCGAAGCCGCUGGCAAUGCUAAAGGUGUCAGUGCGGGCCCCUGGGAUUUCCGCUUUGUGCGCAGUCUGCGAAAUCUGGACCGAUUUGACGACGUGGGAGGGUGUGUAAUGUUAGCUUCGCCCGGCAUGAUGCAAUCAGGCAUGUCUCGCAUCUUACUCGAGAGAUGGGCACCAGACCAACGCAAUGGGGUCAUAAUGACUGGUUAUAACAUCGAAGGAACCAUGGGCCGGACUAUCCUGUCGGAACCAGAGAUGAUUCCCGCCAUCAUGAGCGGGGGAAACACUGGUCUCGGCCACAACAUGGGUCGCAGAAACAAAGAUGAUGAUGCGGCGGUGAUGAUCCCUCGACGGUGUUCAGUCGAGGAGUUCCAGUUCGCAGCGCACGUUACUGGGGUUGAGAACGUAGAUUUCAUUGAGCAAGUCGCUGCAGCCCACGUUAUCCUAGUACACGGAGAACGUUCUCAAGCCGCACGGCUGAGAUCGCGACUGCUGGACCUGAACUCCCGCCGGUUGACGAGCAACCCGAACGCCCAUCAAACAAAAGUGUACAGCCCAGAAAACGGCGCGGAAAUCAAGAUUCCUUUCAGGAAGGACAAGGUGGCCAAAGUUGUCGGGAAACUGGCGCAGAUACCCCCUCCUUCAUCCGCCGAAGCCGACGACACGAGAGUAAUCAGUGGAGUGUUGGUACAGAAUGGCUUCAAGCUCAGCUUGAUGGCGCCAGAGGAUCUUCGCGAAUAUGCGGGCCUGACGACAACCACCAUUUUGUGCCGACAACAUAUUACUCUAGCCGCAGCUGGGGUCGAGCUCAUUAAAUGGGCUCUGGAAGGCACCUUUGGCAGCAUUGAGGAGGUCGGUCACAUCAAAGCCGAACCAAAUGGACACGGACAUCCUGUCAAGGUCGAGGCCGACGAGAGAAAUGGAGAAAAUGGGAUCAAAGCAGAAGAAGAAGCCGACGAGGAAAUUAUCGCGGAGCCACAGCGGACAUUCCUCAUUAUGGGAUGCGUCACUCUCAAGUGGUCGGGACGAGAGAAGCAGAUCGAACUCGAAUGGGAGGGCAACACGAUGAACGACGGCAUCGCCGAUGCAGUUAUGGCGGUGCUCAUGACAGUAGAGAGCAGCCCGGCAGCCGUCAAAUACUCGUCGAGCAAGUCAACCCAUUCCCACCACGGCCACGAGCAGAACAAUAACAUCAACACGCUGACCAACGAACUGACCAAGCUCUCUCCUCAAGACCGGUUCUCCAGACUGUGCAUGUUCCUUGAAGAACAAUUCGGUGAUAACAUCACGCCUAUAGACAAACCGCGCACAGCCUACCCACCAGACGGCACGGCCCUAGUGACCGGGGCGCAGGGAGUGAAAAAGGAGGACGACGACGACAACGGUGACGUGCCGGAUGAACCAGAUGAGGAAGCCGACCUUGAACGCGCAGAGGCAGCAGAGCGCGCCCGGCUGGCGGCCGCAGGCAUCCCCGUGCCGGGACUGGAGAUCCGAUUCGACAAACAUGUGGCGAGGCUCUGGCUGGAGAAUCUAGACGUGGAAUGCGCUAAUACCGUGCUGCGAGAUCGCAUCAAGGCCGUCGUGGAGAGGGCGGUGGAAACCAUUGCGCCUCUUUGGGCGGUCCAUGACCGGUCCAAGGCUUGA